GGCUGGUCUUUAAGAACGGGUAAUACGAGGUCCAACGAGACGCCGAGAUGACGGCGUCGUUGAUGAGCUCGGUGAGUUUGACACGUGUCUUCGCGGGAGAUUCCGGACGUGCGUUUCUUCAGCCGAGUGGCCUCCACGUCCUCUCGGAAAGUACACUUGUGAGUGCGGCGGCAUUGUCGCGAUCGAGUGUUUCUGUGAGCUCCCGACGAGACGGGGUCCCGGCAGGGGCGCAGGGUUUUAGCAUUAGUAGCAGGGGGGGGGAGGGCCGUGAGGGGGGGUCUCGUCGGCGAUUCUCGAAGCAAUCGAACGGGAUGUGGCGGCGCGCAGUGUGUCGGACUGGUAGCGGAACGACAGCUGGCAGUUCGCUUGCCACGUGGCGUUCCUACGUGAUGGGGGGAACAGGAGCAGGAGUAGGAGGGGGGAGAGGGGGAGCAGAAGGAGAAGCAGGCGGUCGUUCGAGCACCACCGCCGCCGCCGCCGCCGCCGCCGCCAACGUCUCCGCUAGCGCCGCCGACCUUGCCUUGAUGCCGAACGACCGGUCGUUCGGAACGAUGAGAGCGACCUCGGAAGCCGUGGCGGCUCGGGGACUUCCUUCUGACGAAGGGAGACAGAUGGCCGAUACGGAUAAUAAUGACACGUCAGCAUCGACAUUGCAACCACCUGACGUGGCAGAUUUGGCCAAUCGAGCGCGCAUCACCGUCAGUCCUGAAGAGGUCCUGGAGUGGAGUCCCAAGAUCGGCCGCAUCGUUGAUUGGUUCGGUCAAUUACAGAAGAUAGAUUUGGAGGGAGUCGUACCUGCAACGCGGCCGGCAGGGGUAUUGAAUGAUGGGGAAGACGUGAUACUGCGCGCCGAUGUCGCGACGGCGUUUGAAGAAAGAGCGGCGAUGAUUGACGAAGUUCCGCAGAUGACGGGUCCGUAUAUCAAGGUGCCCAGAAUUUUGUCCGAAUAGGAAUAUAUAUAUAUUUUCUUUAAAUUUAAAAGACAAAUUAACAAUCAGAUCGAAUAAAUGAAUAUAUACCAUUUAGAUAGAUACAUAGAUAGUGAGAUUAGAUAGAUAGCUAGAUAGAGAGAUUAGAUAGAUAGAUAGAUAGAGAAAGAUAGAUAGAUAGAGAGAGAGAGAGAGAGAAAGAGAGAGAGAGAGAGAGAGAGAGAGAGAGAGAGAGAGAGAGAGAGAGAGAGAGAGAGAGAGAGGUUUAGUAUCUUGGAAUGGAGAAGGAGGACCCUUUCUUCUCCUUACCCCUCCAUUACUCUCCCUUACUGUGUGCUUUGAAGUGCCGGCGCCGUUUCACACGGACAAAACAAUCAAGUGAUUUUAUGUUAAUCAAUGAAUGCCGUCUAUCAUUGAUGAUGACAUAAGAAGAAGAAGAAGAAGAAGAAGAAGAAGAAGAAGAAAAAAAGCAAAGCAUACGGGCAGAUUAACGGUCAUUUUGAUUA